AUGGAUACUACUACUCAGUGGCCACAGGGGAUUGCUGUUGUUAAACCGAUGGAAGGUCCGACGCCUGACAUGUUAGAGAGAAGGGCAAGGCCUCAGAAGGAUCAAGCUUUGAAUUGUCCGAGGUGUAGUUCUACUAAUACAAAAUUUUGUUACUACAACAACUAUAGUCUGUCUCAGCCAAGAUACUUCUGCAAGACUUGUAGAAGGUACUGGACUGAAGGUGGGUCUUUAAGAAAUGUUCCUGUUGGUGGUGGUUCAAGAAAGAACAAGAGAUCAUCAAGUAAUCCGUCGUCGUCAUCAUCAUCAGCAGCUGCUGCUUCAUCGAAGAUGUUUCCUCUUGAUCGGACCCAACCAAAUUUCCAUCAGUCAGCUUCUCAAAACCCUAAGAUCCAUGAAGGACAAGAUCUAAACCUAGCUUACCCCCCAUCAGCUGAUGAUUAUAGUAAUUUGUCCAAGUUUGUUGAGAUGCCUUUUGAUACCGAGAGCAACAAAACCCACCAUCAAAACCCUAACCCUUCAGCUACACCUCCAUCUCAUAUCUCAGCUAUGGAGCUUCUAAAGAGCGCUGGAAUGAAUCCAAGGGGAUUUAGCGCUUUCAUGUCAAUUCCUGCAGCAUCUGAUUCACACAACCCCAUGUUUUCAACUGGGUUUCCUUUACAAGAAUUCAAGCCAUCAACCCAGAAUUUUUCUUUAGAAGGGUUUGAAAGUGGGUAUAGUAACAUUCAAGGGAUGCAUGAGACUGGCAGUGCAAGGCUUUUGUUUCCUAUGGAGGACUUGAAACAGGUUCAAAGCAAUACCGAAUUUGAGCAGAAUACAAGAGGGCAAGGAGAUACUGCUCCUGGGUAUUGGAAUGGAAUGCUAGGUGGAGGAUCAUGGUAA